CAGUGUUAACCUCCAUUUGGUCCAAGCAUAAACCCAUUCCCACCGCAAAACCCCUCUUGUCCCUCCCCCCCUGAACACCUCUCUCUCUCUCUCUCUCGCCAGAUACAGUAUUCGUCAUCAUCAAUCCAACAAACCAUGAGUUCAUUCAGCAGCACCCCGAACUUCGACAACCUCCUCCUCCAAGCCCUAAUGGGCCGCCUCCAAAUCGGCCCACCACCAAACCACCUCCAUUCCUCCUCCUCCCCACUCCUCAACCAAACCCUAGAAGACCUCCUCUUCGACGCCACCACCAACCACCUCUCCCUCUCGGACACCGACGAUGACGACGACAAAACCGACGACCAUCACUCCAACAGCAACAAAACCCAGCUAGCGAAAGAAGAAUCCAAGCUCGAAAAGGACGUGAUCAAGACCAUCCUCAGCGGAGACAUCGAAACCCUCAAACCCAACUCCGGCCAGGCCGUCGCGAUCGGGGACCACCACAUAUGCGUCGGGUUCCACCGGGAGAGCGAUUCGGAUUACCGGGUGUGGGAGUGGCACGGGCACAUAAUGUUGUUUGAUGAGGAAAACGGGUAUACCCCUGAGUACAUUUAUGGGAAUUACUUUGAGAGGAUGCCUCGGGGUAAGGUGGUUGUUGGUGUGGAGAAAAGUGAUGAGAGGGAAAAGAACGAGGAGAGUGAAAAGGGUGAUGAGUGUGAAAAGGAAAUGGGUAACUUGGGAUUGAGGGAGUUGAUUGGAUCGGUCGAUUCGGGAAGCGGGAGGAUACUUCAUCGGAAUCUGAAUGCUGGGUCUCCAAGGGUUUAGUCGAGGUUUGGUGCGAGUCAAGCAAAGAAGCCCUGAUAUCAAAGAGGAAGGCAGCACAGAGAUUUUGGUUUACAGUGCCUUCUUUUCUUGAGCAUCUUUCGGCAGUUUGAAGGGUUCUGUUGGCAUCCCUUAGUUGUUUUUGCUAUUUCAGAAUAAGCUGAAUGAUAAAGAAGUCAAGGAAAACAGAGACCUUGCCAGAAUUGAAGUUUUUGGUUGCGUUUUUGGUUUCUUCUAUUUUUUUCAAAUGAAGCAUCAGAAUAUCCAUUCUACUUGUCCGGAUGAUUUUAGUAGAAAUGUGUUAUGGAUUUGACUUCAUGACCGAUAAGAUUUUACUAUUUUUAGUGUUGAAAUGGUAUAUGUGUGAGGCUCCAAAAUUUCAGCUGAUGAAGCCCCAUCUGCAUUUGUUGUC